GCAAAAGCGAGGUCACGGAGGGAUGUCUGAAGCUUGGAAGACAAGGUGCUCCAGUAUUAUCUCAAGGAUUACAGCCUGAAGAAGAACUACAACUGUGGAAUGAGAUAGAUGACGCUUGUUUGGCCUUGCUGUCCCUUGAUUCUCAGCCUCAGGCAUCCAGUGCAUUGGAGGAGCUUUGCAUUACAAUUAUGGGGAUUCUACGAAAACCCCAGGAAACAGAUGAAAAAGAUAAUACCAAAAGGUUCUUAUUUCAUUAUUCGAAGACACGGAAGUUGGGCAAUUCAAAUGUUGUGUCAUCUGUCGUGCAUCCGUUACUGCAGCUUGUUCCUCAACUGCAUGAGAGAAGAAUGAAGAGAUUCAGACUGGACGAAGAAUUCCAAGGUCCUAUCCAAGUUCGAAGACAGUUUUUGUUCAGGCCACGCAAUGGAAGAAGGUCAGAAGGUUACAUUUAAAAUGGAUACCAACUAUUUUCCACAGAAGCGGCACCAGGGGAUGCAAAAUGUUAACAUUUUUUUUUCUUCUCAGAAACAAUCCUUGUUAAACUUAUGUUUGAGAAUCCCUGUGUUGUAAACAUUCUCAAUAAAAGUUGGUUGAGAUUAUAAAU